AUGAUUCCUGCAGAGGACAUCAUGGACUUACUAAAGCUUUGCCUGGCGUCAACUUACUUUCAUUACAACGAUAAUCACUACAUACAGGUACACGGUACAGCUAUGGAGUCUCCAGUUUCCGUUGUGGUAGCAGAAAUUGUGAUGCAAAACAUCGAGAAACGCGGCCUUUACACUUGCCGACAAACGAUACCGCUUUGGUUAUGCUACGUUGACGAGAAAUUUACCGCCGUACAACACGCCGAAAUCGACGCAUUUCACCACCACCAUAAUGGUCACAACACUGACAUACAGUUUAACAGAGAGGUUGAAGAAAAUGGUAAAGUACCUUUUCUAGACUGCCUGGUAAGCCGUGAAGACAACUUAUUACGAACAACAGUUUACAACGAACCGACACAAAACAGAUUACUAGACGAGUUAUCCUGCAACCCCGGCGACAUUCGGCACAAAGCCACAACUAUCAGGACUCCAAAGCGACGAGCGCAGCUAGUAUGCUCAACAUCAACAUAG